AUGGCGUCUACACUGCCCUCCAACGUCCAUAUCUCCACGCAUCCCUGUCUCAGGGCCAAGUUGUCGCAGCUGCGGUCCAAGUCCACCAAUGCUCGCGAGGUCAAAACCCUCGUCCAUGACAUUGCUUUGUUGUUGGGCGCCGAAGCCUUGUCCGACUUGCCCUUAGAAACUCUUGGGACAGAUGAAACUCCCCUAGGAUACGAGUAUACCCAUGAGUCGAUCGACUGUUCCCAGAUCACCAUUGUGCCUAUCUUGCGCUCCGGGUUGGGAAUGGUAGAAGCCGUUCAAUCCAUCCUUCCCGCACCGGUCUCAAUCCACCACCUUGGUCUCUUCCGCGAAAAGCUGUCGCUGCAGCCGGUAGAGUAUUACAACAAUCUACCUCAGUCAGAGGCGUCCGUGGCGAAGCUAGCCAUCAUCGUCGAUCCGAUCAUCGCGACAGGGCAGACGGCUGUGGCAGCAAUUCAGUCACUGAGAGAUUGGGGCGUCGAAAAGAUCGCUGUCCUGAGUGUUCUGGGCGCCGUGCCGGGGGUGACAAGAGCCGCGGAAGAGUGGCCAGAAGGAACACAGGUCUGGAUUGGUGGCCUGGAUAAGGAGUUGACGGAUAAAGGCAUGAUCAAGCCGGGCUUGGGAGACAUUGGAGACCGACUCUUCCUCACCAUUGGCAAGUGA